CCUGUUUCAUUUCCACUAUUUCACUGGGGCAAAAUAAAAAUUAGUGUUACAGGUUUAUUGUAAUUACACGUAAAUUAAACAAUUUCGUUUCUAUUAUUCGUAUUUAUUCAUAAAGUAAUAUAUCCAAAAACGUUUCUUAAUUCAAAAUUGGCAAGGAAUUUUACACAUAUUUAUUAGAUUACUUCUUUAUGAAUGCGAGAGAUUUCUACAGUAGUAGACACAAGUUUUAUUUACAUAUUUCAUGUUUUAACGUAAGUGAGUGAAUAUACAUAUAGCUGUGCAAUGCGUAGGCAACGGAGAGUGAAUCUAUCACCUGGUUUUUAUAAUGAUGCGUUUCAUUCUGCCGACAUGUCAUAUGCACCAAUAAAUAAAGAUUUGGAUGAUGAGAAAAUCCCUGUUGAAAUGGAGAGGCUGCCACGCAUUACCAGCCUAGAAAAUGGACAAUUACAUAGUUUUGAAAAUACUAUUGAGGCUAAAGUGGAAGUAGGCGAUUCUUUGCAAGCAUUGGCUUUACGAUUUCGUUCCACAGUUGCAGACAUAAAACGACUCAAUAAGAUUGAUAAGGAUAACGAAAUUUAUGCGAGGAAGUUUGUAAAAAUUCCUGUAACGCCACAUUCGAUAUUAUUGGAAACAUUACCAACAGUACACAAAAGUGGGAGUAAUAGUCCGUCUCAAAGUGAACAUGAAUCCUUCGAAACAAACAUUAUGAGAAACCCUUUAAAGGAUGCAAACCUUAUGUUGGGCGAAAAACUGAUGAUAGCUUCUGUAAAUGCUGCUGGUAAUAUUAAUAUCGAAACUAUUGACUCUAAUAAUUCGGUUUUGGCCUCUACGUUGGGAAGCAAAGACAGUGUCUGCUUGAAAAAAAAAACAAAUUCUACCAAUGAUUCCACGGCAUUAUUAGAGGAUUUUCUUGAUAAUGAUUUUGCGGAUACAUAUGUGCGACCUAUACGAGGACCCGCAAUAAGUGCUCUACAUUGGUCUGGUUCUGAUGGCGAUAUGACUUGGGUAUGCUUGUUUGUUGUAAUCUUGGCUUUAUGCUUUGCCAUACCAUUGAUUGUUGUGAUAUUUUGGACCCAUCCACACAGCAGCGGAAACAACAAUACAACAACAGUUAACUGACGUGGUGGGUUGGCCGCGAAUGAAAAAUAUCUUUACCGGUAUAUUUACCUUAUAAUUUAUUUAUAAAUGAAGGGACAGAUUUCGUAAAAAUUUUAAUGUCUAAAAAUGACAUAUGUAUAUAUGAAAAUCCUUGGUAAAAGGAAUCUUUUGCACAUAUUAAAAUUAGGUUCUUAAUGAAAAUCGCCAACAUUAUAAUAGGUAAAAUAACUAGUGUAACAAACAUAAAUAAAUAGCAAUAUAAGAAGAAAAAAUGGUUAAUUUACUGCAAAGUGCCUUCAUCGUUUUUCAGUCUAAAGAUGUGUAUGUACUUGUUUAUAUAAAAAUUUUUGUUUUUUAAUAAAAUUUUACAAGAUAAAUUUAAACUUUUUAUUACAGAUAUCGUUAGUUAGAUUAUGCGAAACCCUUUUGUAAAUAAUAACACAUACAUACAAAUACAGUUACGUACAUAUGCAUUAUAAUUAGGGGCCUGUCUAUUGUGAGUAGCUUUAGUUUUUUUAAUAAGAAUUUUAAUUAUAACAUUUAUACCAUUGGCUCGUAAAGUCUCAUAAAAAAGUGAAAUAAACAAGAAUUUGAAAAAAAAACUUAAAAUUUUUUGUGUAUAAGUACAAAACAGUUGACAAAAGUAUGCUGUUUAUUAUUAUUACAUUAUAUUUAAGUUCUUGUUUUGCUUAUUAAAUAUUAUUGUUAUUAGUUCCCAAAGUUGAUACAAUUAGCAAAUAAAUUAAUACUUAUAUUGGA